CUCCUACACGUGUAGAAAACCAGUUAUCAUUAAGCGCUUUAUAUCCGACUUCUCGAGUUUUACAACACACUCGCACUCCUCUAAGUUCUAGUUGUAUCUGUGGUGCAGACCACUGCGGAGACCCCACUCCCUAUUCAGGAUUCGAGCGGCACGGUAACAUCUGAAAUUCGGCCGGCCCACUCCGCCAACCCGAGCUUUUUUUCUUGACACAAGCAGCGAAAAUCUCAGAUCUCCUCCCACUUUAACCACACCCAAGGACCACCGCCUCAACACCAUGCGCGGUACCUUGGUCUUUGCGGGCAGCUCCUGCCCGGACCUCACAGACAAGAUAUGCCACAACCUGGGAAUGGCCCGGGCGGAUGCCGAGCUCACUCAGUUCUCCAACGGCGAGACGAGCGUCCGCAUUCUCACCAGCGUCCGGGAAAAGGACGUGUUCGUCGUUCAGUCCGGCAGCGACAGGAUUAACGACACAGUUAUGGAGUUGCUGAUCAUGAUCUCUGCUUGCAAAGGAGGAUCUGCAAACAAAAUCACCGCCGUACUGCCCUACUUCCCGUACAGCCGCCAAUCCAAGAAGAAGUCUCACAGGGGAGCGAUAACCGCCAGGCUGUUGGCCAACCUCAUGGACGUCGCGGGAGUAAAGCAUGUCGUCACCGUCGAUCUACACGCUUCCCAGAUGCAAGGCUUCUUCAAGUGCCCGGUGGACAACCUCCACGCUGAGCCUCUGAUCGCCCGUUGGAUCCGCCGCAACGUGGCUGAGUGGCAGGAGGCGGUGGUGGUGUCUAAGAAUGCAGGCGGCACCAAGCGGGUAACCUCGCUUGCCGACGCGCUCAAACUCAAUUUCGGCAUGGUGACGACGGACAAGAGGAGAGGUCCUAGCAUGGCGCCGAGCGUGAUUGGAUACUCGAUCGACGGGCUCGAGCGGCACCCAGUGCUCGACGCCGUCAGCAAUCAGGUGCGUAACACCACCUUAUCGGAGUCGGAAAACGGGAACCCCGCUACGGAUGGCGGGCGGUCUCAAGAUUCCCCUACUGCGGCAGAUGCUCAAGGAUCACCGCGCCUGCGUGCUAAUGGUACGCACGCACGGAACCCGGCCAACUCCAAGUCCCCACCGAGUCGCUCGCAGACCUUGCUGUCCCAAUCAUCGGUCAUAACCGAGCUAGACGAAGAGGCAGAGGCGGACGAGUUGGAGUACAACGACAGGCGAGCCCAUGAGGUGACACACGGGCGCCUGGUUCAGGGGCACGUUGUUCCUGACGACUUCCCGUCGUCGACGGCGUCGGUGGCCGAUACUAGCGUGCCGGACGAAGACCCAAUGACUAUGUCACAUGCCUCGUCCUUCUUUGGACUACAACCCCAUGCUCUGGGCGGGUCCGGCGACGCGGGGGCGAGCUCGGAUGAGGAGGACGAUAUCCUCAAGAACCCCAAGGUCGAGCACAUGAUUACGCUCGUUGGCGACGUCAAGGACCGGACAGUGUUGAUUGUCGAUGAUAUGAUCGACAAGCCCGGCUCGUGGAUCGCAGCAGCCGAGACGGUGGUUAAGCGCGGCCGUGCCAAAAAGGUCUACUGCAUUGCCACACAUGGUGUCUUUGGAGGAGACUGCCUGGAACAGAUGCAGGCGUGCGACUGCAUCGACACAAUUGUCGUGACCAACAGCCAUCCGAUUUCGGAAGUCAAGGCACGCAACGCAAGCAAACUGGUGGUACUCGACCUGUCCUUCCUCUUGGCCGAGGCGAUUCGGCGCAACCACUAUGGCGAGUCAAUGUCGCCACUGUUCCAGCACGUCGUGGAUUAAUCAUGGCAGGUUGUAAUGCUUUUAUUUCGAUGUCUUCACCUGGGCUUUGAGUGGCCAUCGGAGGCAUUUUUUUCUGUCUUUUGAGGUAUGUCUGGCAGUGGACUACAAGCGUUGGCGUUUGGGGGAAAGACGGCGGCGCUGGUCUUUUAACACGGCACAGGACAGCAUGAUUAGACGGCACGGGUC